AUGUACGAGGCAGACCUAGGUCGGGUCAUGUCUGGAGCGGAGAAGGCUCCCACGGUGGCGGAGGAUGCCGACGCCGCAGCGACCGCGACGUACGAGAGGAAGCUACAAAAGUUCCAAGAAAAGAAUGGCAAACUCUACACGCGGCUUCUGCUGGCUACGUCGGACUGCCCGGAAGGAUACUCGAGCCCGGCUUCGCAGGUAGUGCAGUCGUUUGGGCCUGUCGGGGACGAGGAGUUCGGUGACGGUCGAAGUGCUUUUGUAGCGCUCGAGCAAAAGUACCGUGUCGAUGGGACUUUCAGAAUGCAGCAGCUACACGAUGAGUUGGCCGCCGCCGCGGUCACCGCUGCUGACAAGUACGAUCCGGCUCGCGCAAUCCGACAAUUGCGCCGCAUCUUUCACGAACUCGGCAAACUCGGAGACACAGUCGUGAAACAACGGCAAGCACAUGCCAUCCUAAAGGCCCUGCCCGACAAGCAAUACGGCUCGUUCAAGACUGUACUCGGCGGCGGAUCGGCCGGCAACGCUGGAGGCGGCAGCGCGGAAAAUGCGCAAGGUGCUCGCGGGAAUUAUCGCGGCAACAACGCCUCCGGUGGCCGAGGUAAGGGCCAGGACACCGGUCGGAACCGAAAAGGGCGCUGCCGCUACUGUCAUAAUUCGACAGAGCACGGGUGGCACAACUGCCCGCUCCGCCUGAGGCACGAGGCGGAGGAAGCCACUGAACAGGCUGAUACUCACCACACUCAAGACUCCACCACUCAGGCAUGGUUCACGCGGGUGGAGACUGAAGGCGAUGUGCUGGAGGACUACGCCAUCUCUUUCGGAAAAGACGUGCAGGUGCAGGAUGCGCCUGCUGCGGCGCAGCCAGAGGAGCGCGCUGCUGGUGACACGCUGGUGCAAGACGCGCCGGUGCCGACGCUGCAGGAUGCACGCGUUGUGUAUGACCCGCAGGUACUGGACACACCUGCUGCAGCGGUGGUCUAUGACCCUGCUGCCAACGGAUAUUCUCAGACGGAGGAGGCGCCUGAGGACACCGAGCUCGUUGCGUUCAGCAGCGUGUUUCAGGUGGACAAAGAGAAACCGCAGGUCGUUGAUGAUUCCGCCUGCUACAUUGAUUCCGCCGCGUCCAGCCACAUGGUGGAUGAGCAGUCUCGCUUGUCCCAUCACGUCCUCA